CGGACUUUCUCUUCUGUCAGGACAUUCGGGACCGGCGUGGCUUUCUCGAAGCAACGAGGCGUGCCGAGCAGGCGCGCAAGGAGGGAAAGCCAGCAGACCCCGCCCUGUCCCCUCCACGCCCGAAGCUUCAAGAAGCUCAGAAGACGCCACCAGGCGACCCCGGCCGUGGCAGUAUCAUCGCCGUCCAGGAUAUUAGCAGCGAGAACGAGGCAGAGGAUGACGAAGGACAGGCAGCAGAUCCGGCAACUUUAGACCCGGUUAAGGGAGGAGUCUACUUCUGUACCCUUCGUCCUUACAGGAGCAUGGCCAUAGAUGGCCAUAGGAUGUAGACGUAUACUAACAGAGUCCAGGCACAGGCUUAGAGGCUUCUUGCCCUUGAAUUAAUGACGAAAGGAGGCAACGCUGCGCUUCAGUCUAAAUAACGCCUAGAGGAAAAGCUUAGUGUAGAUCGGUAACUGAUGGACUUUCCACUAUUUUUUUCUACUCAGGGCGCCACUGGAGCCCCGAGCGUAGUUAGCGUUACUUGUGGCUCGAUCUGAAUGACCUUGCUAACGGUUAGUAACCUUAGACGAGGGUCAAAAAACCUCAUACGCCACAGAUGAGACGAAGAGGCUACCAAACUAACCUUGUUAACCUGGAUGGUCACAGCCUAUCCCGUAGAUGAGAUAAUGACUAAACCUAAACAGAAAUAAACUAAGUUGGUCCACUGGUUCAAAUUAAUAGGAAGAUCCGCUCGGCAAUCUCUAAGCACGUUCGUGGCACAGAACAGCGCGCCUCCAGUUCUUGCAGCA